UGCUUCCACAAAUAAACGUUACCCACAUCCACACCAACUCGCGAUCAGCGAUAAUGUCUAUAACUUUAUCGAUGGCUAUUUAUCACUUUCUACUCUUUCUAGCGUAUAUGGAAACCGAGGGGAAGGCGCACCUUCUAUUUUAGGCGUCACAAUUUCAGUUUCAGCCCCGCGAGUUGUGGCGCGGACGCCAUAGUCUGAGCGAAUUAAAAAAAUAUCCAACCGCUAAUAUUUAAAACGUUCCAUUUUUUUGAAAAUGACCGUUGACGCUGGGAAAACCGUUUCAGGAAUCAAUAUAAAAAGCUCCCAGAACCGAUUACUGAUCAAGAAUGGGCGUGUCGUCAACGAUGACGGAAUGGAAGACGCUGAUGUCUACAUCGAGGAUGGCAUCAUCAAACAAGUGGGCCGCAACCUUAUCAUUCCCGGCGGCACACGCACCAUCGACGCGACGGGAAAGCUCGUGAUGCCGGGAGGCAUCGACCCGCACACGCACUUCGAACUCGAGAUGAUGGGCGCCAAGACGGCCGACGACUUCUACAAGGGCACCCGCGCCGCUGUUGCGGGAGGCACCACGACAGUCAUCGACUUUGUGCUGCCUGAAAAGGGCCAAUCACUGAUCGAGGCGUACAACAAUUGGAGGGAGAAGGCCGACGGCAAGGUGUGCUGCGACUACGGCCUCCACGUCGGCGUGACCUGGUGGUCCCCCUCCGUCCGCAAGGAAAUGGAGAAGCUGGUCUCCGAGGACUUCGGCGUCAACUCCUUCAAGAUGUUCAUGGCGUACAAAGACGCCUGGAUGCUGGACGACUAUAAUCUCAUGUGCGCUGUGGAGGCGUGUGCUGAACUGAAGGCUUUGCCACAGGUGCACGCAGAGAAUGGGCACAUUAUAGCUCGCAAUACGGAGAAACUUCUAGCGGCCGGUGUUACUGGACCUGAGGGACACGAGCGAUCCAGAGAUGAAGAGGUGGAAGGAGAGGCAGUCAAUCGCGCCUGCGUUAUUGCAAACCAGGCAAACUCGCCGCUAUACAUCGUCCACAUGAUGUCUAAGAGCGCCAUAAGAGCGCUACAGCAGGCCCGCGCGCGCCAGCGACAACCUUUGUACGGAGAGACCCUCGCGGCCACCGUCGGCACUGACGGGUCUCACUACCGCAACGCGUGCUUCCGCCACGCCGCCGCACACGUGCUGUCCCCCCCCCUCCGGCCGGACCCCUCCACCCCGCAGGCCGUCGUGGAGGCCCUCGCUGAUGACCACCUUCAGCUGAUCGGCAGCGACAACUGCACCUUCCACGAGAAAGACAAGGCGUUGGGGAAGGGCAACUUCGCUAAGAUCCCCAACGGAGUUAAUGGGGUCGAGGACCGCAUGGCCAUAUUGUGGCAGAAGGCUGUUAAUACUGGCAUAAUGGACCCGUGCCGGUUCGUGGCCGUGACCAGCUCCACCGCGGCCAGGAUCUUCAACCUGUGGCCGGGCAAGGGCCGCGUGGCCGUCGGCAGCGACGCCGACGUGCUCGUGUGGGACCCGAGGCAGGAGAGGACCAUCACAGCCGCGGCGCAUAAACACGCCGUCGACUUUAAUAUAUUCGAGGGUCAGCACGUGGUGGGCAGCCCGCAGUACGUGAUCGUGAACGGACGAGUGUGCCUGGACGACGGCCAGCUGCGGGUUGUUGAAGGGUACGGCAAAUUCUUGAAGACCCCAGUGAACUCUCCCUACGUGUACGGCGGCGAGGAAGCGGUCGACUCUGCGCCCGCGCAGCCGCUGCACGUCGAUGUAGCUCCUCGUCAUGUCAGCGUCACUAAUGGAACGCCCACACCAGAGGCACUGAAUAAGCACCUGGAAGGUCUGUCGGUGACGUCAUCAGGCUGCAGCACUCCCACGGGCCGUAAGAUGCGCGAGACUGGCCAGCGGAACCUGCAGACCUCCACCUUCUCCAUCAGCAAGGAGGUGGAAGGGCUGGACACGAAGACGUCAGUCCGCGUGCGGAACCCUCCCGGAGGCAAGUCCUCGGGACUGUGGUAGAGGACCCUAGGGUCUACGGGUCAACCAGAUGGGUAGCUCAGGGAAGCUUGUGGAAAAACUUCAUUAACAUUUUGUUGCUUGAGAAAGGGUUAGAAUUUGUAUGGGUCUCGAUGAUUGCAUGAUUGAUGCAAAUUCACGGUGAAGCGUCAUUUUUGGUUAUAUCGGCAUAUAAUGUUAUCUGUGUAUGACCGACAAAAUAAUUUUGAUUUGAUUGAUUUUGAACAAAAUGAAGAGGUUGAUGAAGGUUUAGUAAAAUGGCUUUAGAAAACAGUUUCCGUCAAACCUAGGAACAUCGAAUAUAAAGAAGGCUGUAAUUGAGUUUUUCCACAAGUUAUACAAGUACCCUCAGUGUAUAUUUCUCUAUUUCUAUUUUUAGUAAAUGAUUGAAUAACAAAUAGGAAACUUUUAAAACAUUUUGAUGUAGGUAUUAUAUGAGACCGAAUAUACACACUCGAAAUCUCUUCAUAAAUAUAGUUGGCCAAGCAAAUAUUGUCAGUAGAAAAAGGCGCGAAAUUCAAAUUUUCUAUGGGACGAUAUCCUUUCGCGUUCACAUGUUUUUAUUUUAAAUUUGCCGCCUUUUUCUACUGACAAGAUUUACUUGACCAACUAUACAAAUUGUGUAUAAAUACUGAUAUUACCUAUAAAUCAAUAAGAAAGACUGAGAUAGGAAUAGAGAAGUGUGGACUGCACUUAAGAACCAAUCUCGAUGUAAGUCGCAACCCAAAGCUUAGUAAGAUGGAUGUUAGGCUAGUGGUAGUGUAGUGGCAAAUGUUUAACGCAAUAUUUAUACGUUUAUACAUAGCUUGUAAUGGAUGUCCUACCUUUAUUUACUUCAGUGCCAUUCAAAUAUGUGACAUAAAUUCGUCGUUUCCUCCAUUUUACCAAAGAAUUAUUAACCGUAGAAGAACUGUAUUGAAUUCUAAGAAAAAAUCGUGACCUUGCUGUACGACAAUGAAACACUAGUUUUUGAUUAGUUACCGAAUAAUGUACAGUCAUAUAUAUCCACAUCAGGGGCCUAUUGCAUUAUAAAAUACAAGUUAAUACUAUUAGUAAUUUUACUUAAAAAAAUACUAAUAGUAUUAGCUUCUUCAGCUAUUAAUGACUCUUUGAUAUUAUUAAACAUUUAUUUAUGCAUGUCCAUGAAAAAAUAUGGAAGAUUUUAAGAGAGCAUUCUUUCUAUUGGUUAAUUGAAAAAAAAAUUGCGUAUGACAACUCAAAAUCAUAGUAAAACAUAAAAAAACAUUACACUCCUUUUUGGGCAGUCGUGUAAAUAAGGCAGACAUCUAUUACAACUAUUUUGACAGUUAAUAAAUAGACUGAUUUAUAACCCGACUAGAUGAAUAUUCAGUGUUUUGUAUCGAAAAGUAUUUAACAAUUCAUUAAUGCCCGCCAAUGUGACAAUGGUAUUAUGUUCUUCCAUGUGUUUUUCAUAAUAGAUAGCAUAUAACAGGGAUGACACUGUUCAAAAUACUUUUUUUUGUGUCUAUUUUGUAGAUAUAUGCUAUCUAUUGAUAUUUAGGUGUCAAACAUUUACCAAUAGAUUUAUUCAUAAGAACCUCUGACAUUUUUAUAAGAUCAUUAAACGAUAUUUAUGAUUUUACUGACAUUUAAUAUUUCAGAUACUUGAAACCUAAGUACUAGGUUGUAAAUGUUUAAUAUUAAUCCCUUACUAACCAUCCCAUUCACUCCUAAUAGCACAGUUUGCUAAUUUCAUUAUUUAAUUGUACUGUAACAUCGAUAGAUGGCGUUAGUGUACAACGUCGUGCGAACAACCUUUUUUUUAAAAGCCUGACCUGAGUAAUAUAUGAUCAUUGUCAAGAGGGCGCUGUUAUUCUCAUGUAUAGGGUGACAGUUCAGUAUAGUAUGAAAAAACUAGUUCUAGGGAAAUUCCGCAACAUGGCGCGUGAUCAUAUAUUCCUGGUCAGGCUUUAAAUUUAUAUGGGGUUUUAUAACAAUAGUUGUCUUUUUAAAUUUGAAAUGUUCGAUUACAACAAACCAAAAAUCUAAAUCAAAGAAUUCACUCGUACUACUAGCGCCAUCUAACGAGUUUUAGCCUUUAUUAAAAAUUUAAUAAGUUUUGUUAUACAACCGCAUAGAUGGUGGUAGUGAUCGGGCAUUACCGCUAUUUAUUUCAUGUUAAUUAUAAUUGAACGGAAUAACUGCUUAAUUUUAGUCCGUUUAAAGUACUUCAAGUUUUUGUUACGAGGUACGUGUUUGUAAGAAUUUGUAUGAUGAUUGUAUGUGCUUGAAUAGCCUUUAGGUAGUAAUGUUAAUUUUAAGUGACAUAUUUGUUUUAAUUUAAAGCACAUAAUUAUUGUUUAUAACUAUUUUGUAAGUUUCUAAAUAAUUACGAGGCUUGGUUUAAAUGCUUGUCUAUUGCCUAGCAGCAGAUUUUAAUUUAAAAUAUCCAAAUCAGCACUAGCUUUGCGAUUUUAUCUAAAAAUCUUUCAAACUGCAAACAAUAUUUUGACUAUCUUAUCACACUUUGAAUACUAAAUUAACACAGGUUUUCCACCGAGAAAUUCUAAAAUAAAAUAUCUGAUCAUUGAUAACUCAAGAUAAAGGAAACUAAAUUUUAGGUAUCCACCUACUGCUAAAAAAUUUUUGUAUAUAACCACAAAAUCUACAUUUAGCAAGUACAUAUGUUUUCUUUAUCUGGUCUUAUCUAUAAUUUAAUAGUUACUUAAUUACUUAUGUUACUAGUUACUACGCCAAAGUAAAAGUAUUUGAAAACCUUACCUACCUUAACUAGAAUGGAUUUAUUUCCCUUUUCUGGUCGUUUGAAUUUGUAAGUUGGCUGUGGCUGGAAAUACGAAACGACAAAUCACCCAACCAGAUCAUACGAGGGUCUGACUAGCGUAAUGAGCCUAUAAAAAACUGGUAGAAUAUAAAUAAUUAUAAGUUUUACCAUAGUACAAACAUAUUGGAAUUUUUAACGACUAACCUAGUCUCGCAAACGGCAUCACAAUUUUACGGCAUUUUUAACAUAUUUACUUUUAUUUUCUAAAUGUAUCUCUAUUAUGCAUUGUCACGAAAUAAACAAUGUAAUCUCUUGAAA